AUGUUGGAUGCUAUCAACUACGUCGCCAGCAGAGUUUCGAUACAGCCGCACACAAUCAGGCGACUCCACCGCCACGCCGACCACGCUAUGAACAUGUGUGCUGAGUGGUUGCUGGCAGCAGAGCCUGGGUGCAGGGGGCCGGCAGCGAGCACAUUCCUGGUCUGUGGAGCGCCACGUGUGGAGGCGAGGCGAGGCGACACCGGUGCCCGGGGCUUGCGGCGUCCAUCUAGAUCACGGCCGGCCGGCCUUGUGCAUUUAUCAUCUGCCGGGCCGCCGCCCCCGGCCGCCGCCGCCGCCGCCCCCCAGAUGGGCAGGAUAAGCCGCGGGCGCUGCCGUCCAAAUUACGGCCGCGUUCUUAUGGAAAUCAGCCGCGCCGGCGGCCCCGCCCUGCCGCUUGCUUUACCCGCUCAUUUGGAAGACAGUGGAAGGCAAUGGGAAGCCACCAAAGAGAAGCACUGCAUAGGAACAUGGAAUGUAAGAUCUAUGUAUCAAGGAAAACUAGACAUAGUGAAAAGAGAAAUGGAGAAAAUUAACAUCGACAUAUUGGGAAGUGAAAUAAGGUGGACUGGCUUGGGAGAAUUUGCUUCGGAUGGCCGUAUGGUGUAUUAUUCUGGGCACGAUUACAACAGAAGUAAUGGAGUAGCCUUCAUACUUAGUGAUAAAGUGAGAAAAGCUGUAAUGGGAUGCAAAUAUAAAAAUGAUAGAAUGAUGUCCAUCAGACUUCAAGGUCAGCUCCCCAACAUCACAGUAAUUCAAGUUUACGUGCUAACAACUGAUGCUGAAAAGGAAAUUAUUGACCACUUCUAUGGGGAUUUACAAGAAUUACUACUGUCAACACCACAAAAGGAUAUCGUCUUCAUAGUUGGAGACUGGAAUGCAAAAGUGGGAAAUCAAGCCGUAGAAGGUAUAACAGGGAAAUAUGGUCUUAGUACAACAAAUGAAGCAGGACAGAGACUCCUAGAAUUCUGCCAAGAAAAUUCAUUGAUAAUUACUAAUACACUAUUUCAACUACCAAAACGACGCCUAUAUACCUGUACUUCGCCAGAUGGCCAACACCGGAACCAAAUUGGUUACAUACUUUGUAAUCAGAAGUGGAAGAGCGCGGUUCAGUCAGCUACAACAAGACCUGGGGCUGACUGCGGAUCAGAUCAUGAGCUCCUGAUUGCAAAAUUUCGGCUGAAACUUCAGGAUGUAGCAAAAAGGUUGGAUGCACUGAAAUCGGGAUUAAACAAGCGCCUGUUGUUUGUUGUGUUCUUGCAGACCGACGUGCGCGACUUCGAGCGCUGGUAUCCAUGGAAAGCUCACUGA